AUGGACCAAUCUCGAAGAUCACAAGUUGGUGGCUGCAUACGUCCCAAUUGCAGAGAAUGCAAGAAAGAAGCUCUUGCAAGGGCUAUCGCGGACAAGAAAGCAUCGGAAACCGAUUCCAGCGAGAUUACUCAGAGUCUAAGCACGGCUCCUACUCCUCGAUGGCCACCUCGUCGGUCUUCUUUACCUCCUCGCGCCCCCGAUGACUCGUCGUCUGGCAAUACGUCUGCAGAUGAUGUGCCAGAAACGAUCAUAGAGAACCACAACUCGAGCCUCCAGGCGGACACAUCUAGACGUGUCUCAGAAAACACUACCUUGGCUAGCAACACACAAUUGCCAGACACCUCCUCAUCGAAAGACAAUGACAGCAUAGGGGAACGCACGGUUCCUGAAUCAGAAUAUGAUGCUCUACUGCGAAGAUACGAGGCUCUGCAGUACAAGCAGAGCAAGAUCGAGCAACAGUUGAAAGCCAAUGAGGUCCUCGCGAGCAACAAGCGGAGCUCGAUCUUACUCACAGAACAGUCCGAGACUGUCGCUAUAGGGUAUCAUGAGAUGACGGAAAGCACGACCCUCGAUUUUAGCCCAAAGCAAAAGUCUUCUGCUACAGCACUCGUUGUCGAUCGUCUCGGCUUCGAGUUUGCGCGUUUGGGCAGGAAAAUCAAGGAUAUAAAGCCAAGUCAAAAAGUGACAAAGCUAGUCGAUCGUAGCAGAGAGUUACGGGGACGAGUUAGCGUGCUGCGUCAUGUGCCCAGACGCCAGAAUACUUUGAGCUCAAGAGCUAGGAAGCUCGUUACGGAAGGAGAUGCUGCUGAAAGACCCGAAACGCAAACAGGUGAGGAAGAAGACCUCGUCCGGGAGAUGGAGGCAUUGACUUUGUCUGCUCCGUUGAUCAGGUCGUGGACAAACUGA